GAAGACAAUCAUCGUCGUCGUCACCACAUCAUGUAAAAAUAAACACUAAUAAUUUCCCGUACUUGACUUUCCUUUUUCUCUCCCUCAUUAAACGCAUUCGCCCUCGCGUCGGCUCCCGCCGCCCACUUUUUCUUCUCAAUUACUCUGUUUCUAAGUAUCGAUGAUUGGCUGGCUUUUGAGGAGGAAGAAAUAGGAUUAGGACAAUCUUUGUGCUGCAGAUGGCGUCCGUGGGCAUGGCGCCUGCAUCUGGUUUAAGACAAUCUAGUGCUGCUGGUGUUGACAAGUUACCCGAGGAGAUGCACGACAUGAAAAUUAGAGAAGACAAAGAAAUUGAAGCAACACUUGUGGAUGGUAAUGGAACAGAGACGGGACAUAUAAUUGUGACAACUAUAGGAGGUAGAAAUGGUCAGCCGAAACAGACUAUAAGUUACAUGGCUGAGCGUGUGGUUGGACAUGGAUCAUUCGGAAUUGUUUUCCAGGCAAAGUGCUUAGAGACUGGUGAAAGUGUUGCUAUAAAGAAGGUUCUUCAAGAUAAGAGAUACAAGAAUCGUGAGUUGCAAACAAUGCAUCUUCUUGACCACCCAAAUGUUGUAGCUUUGAAGCAUUGUUUUGUUUCAACGACUGAAAAGGGUGAACUUUAUCUAAAUUUGGUACUCGAGUAUGUACCUGAAACUGUUCAUCGUGUGAUCAAGCACUAUAACAAGUUGAACCAAAGGAUGCCAUUGAUAUACGUGAAACUUUACACAUACCAGAUAUUUAGGGGACUGUCUUACAUCCAUCGCUGCAUUGGUGUGUGUCACCGGGACAUUAAACCUCAAAACAUUUUGGUAAAUCCACACACUCAUCUGGUUAAACUAUGUGAUUUUGGAAGUGCAAAAGUCUUGGUGAAAGGGGAGCCGAACAUAUCCUACAUUUGCUCAAGGUAUUAUAGAGCACCUGAGCUAAUUUUUGGGGCAACUGAGUACACUACAGCUAUUGACAUCUGGUCUGCUGGCUGUGUCCUUGCCGAGCUUUUACUUGGGCAGCCUCUGUUUCCCGGUGAGAGUGGAGUAGACCAGCUUGUGGAGAUUAUUAAGGUACUGGGAACUCCAACACGAGAGGAGAUUAAGUGCAUGAACCCUAACUAUACAGAGUUCAAAUUCCCUCAGAUUAAGGCUCACCCAUGGCACAAGAUAUUCCAUAGGCGUAUGCCUCCUGAAGCUGUUGAUUUGGUGUCAAGAUUUUUGCAAUACUCUCCUAAUCUCCGUUGCAAUGCUUUAGAUGCGUUGAUCCAUCCUUUCUCUGACGAGCUGCGUGAUCCAAAUGUUCGCUUGCCUAAUGGCCGUGUCCUUCCGCCAUUAUUCAACUUUAAACCUCAUGAACUGAAGGGUGUUCCAGUAGAGACUCUGGUGAAAUUGAUUCCGGAGCAUGCAAGAAAGCAAUGUCCAAGUCUUGGUUUGUAAUUUAAUGCAAAAUGUAACAGAGCAGUUGAGAAAGUGUAUUGUCAUCUUAUGUACGCAAUUUACUUUUUAUAUAUGUGUGUUAUAUGUAAAAGCAGAUAUUUACAGAAUACUAAUAAUGUAAAAGCUGAUGGUUUGGGGAUUAAGAUUUAGAGAUUUAAAUUUUUAUAAGUUUUUUUCUCA